UUCACUGGCUAAUCGAGGUCCACUGGGACUGCAGAUGGGUUUCAAGAGAGUACAAUUGAUUAGAUGCAUAUUUUCUGAAUUAUACAACAGAUCACACCCAGCUGCACAGCUUUUCUCAGGUGCUGUUCCACCAAAUUCUUGAAGUUAUUGCCUAUCUGACAACAUUAAAAAAUAUUAGCAUCACAGAUUUGACAAAUUAAAAGCAGUCCAGUGUCCCCAUUAAGGGCGUUUUCAUUUGCUGUCUGCCCAAAUAGUCUCCUUCAUGCACUGGAGAAAUGCUUCUUAUUUGCUUUCCAGAACAACAGCCAGAGAUUUAGCAAAGUGAUGACAGAAGGUAUGUGCAGUAUUACAGAGAAGCAUGUGGAAUACAAACACAGGAAGGAGACAAGAAAAGCGAGGAUCUGCAUAAUGAUAAUCCUUACAGACCAUUAAUGGAUAUCACACCACGUCUCAGAGUCUUGAUCACUGUUGUUUGUAGUUGCUCUUGCCCUGGAUCAGCUAUUCAGUGAAAAAAUAAGUGGAGCAGAAGGAACAAAGUUAGAUGAGGAAUUUCAAGAGAUGGAAAGGAAAAUUGAUGUUACUAAUAAAGCUGUAACUGAGCUUCUGUCCAAAUCCACAGAGUAUCUUCAGCCAAAUCCAGCAUACAGGGCCAAGCUGGGAAUGCUGAACACUAUGUCAAAGAUCAGAGGACAAGUUAAAACCACAGGCUACCCCCAGACAGAGGGACUCCUGGGAGACUGCAUGAUACGGUAUGGCAGAGAGCUGGGCGAUGAUUCUAUGUUUGGCCUUGCACUACUGGAUGCUGGUGAGAGCAUGAAACAAAUGGCAGAAGUGAAGGACUCUCUUGAUAUUAAUGUCAAACAAAAUUUUAUUGAUCCUCUACAGUUAUUGCAGGACAAAGAUUUAAAAGAGAUUGGGCAUCACCUGAAGAAACUGGAAGGGCGCCGCUUGGAUUAUGAUUAUAAAAAGAAGCGUUUUGGAAAGAUACCGGAUGAAGAAGUUAAACAAGCAGUAGAAAAAUUUGAAGAAUCAAAGGAACUGGCUGAAAGAAGCAUGUUCAAUUUCUUAGAAAAUGAUGUAGAACAAGUCAGCCAGUUGGCUGUAUUUGUAGAAGCAGCACUAGAUUACCAUAAACAAUCCACAGAAAUUUUGGAGGACCUGCAGAGCAAGCUGCAAAACCGAAUAAAUGUAGCAUCUAGUCGGCCUAAGCGUGAAUUUAAGCCAAAGCCUGUAAUAACUACAACUCUGGAAAUUGGUGAUAAUCAGCAGCACAAUGGGAUUGCCUAUAGUUCUUCCAUAAAAUCAUCAGGUUCUUCAGUGCACAUGGAUCAGCCUUGCUGCCAAGCUCUGUAUGACUUUGAGCCAGAAAAUGAAGGCGAGCUUGGAUUUAAGGAAGGGGACAUCAUAACUUUGACCAAUCAGAUUGAUGAGAAUUGGUAUGAGGGGAUGUUAAAUGGAGAGUCUGGCUUCUUCCCCAUUAAUUAUGUUGAAGUGAUAGUUCCCUUGCCUCAGUGAUUGUGUCAUUCGAGCUGUGAACAUGAUUUCAUGACUGAAAUGGAUUCACAAAUGUUCUGUCAGUGUGGCAUUCUGUGAAAGCCUUGCUAUUUGACUGACUUACUGACUUUUGUAUGCGUCUUUUUAAAAUGUAUUUAUUUUAUAUUCAAAAAUAUUUCACCUUCCCUGAUUUGUCAACCUGCAAAAAAACCCAUACCCAGUUUUUUUGCUUUGUGCCUUGAAGAUCACUGUAUGAAGUGUUUACUGGUAGCUCACUGUUGCUCCAAAAAUGCAUUUCCUUGCUAUUAUUGUAUGUGGGUUUUUUUUAUCUUUGGCUGCAAUGAUUUUACUAUUUGAAACCAUUUUAAAAAAUACUGUUAGUGAAGCUAACUGUAACCAGUUUCUAAGUUAAUGAUGUCCUUGAGCUGUUUUCAUCUAUCACACCAUAAUUUAUUGUGAACAAGUUAAUUCAUCUUUUGCAUUGUAUGUUGACAAAAGGCAAAGUGGUUGUUGUCAAUAUUAAGAUGAUGUUGUACUAAGUACAAGUUCUCUGCGUUGAAAAUUGGUAUAAUUUACUGACCAAACUGAAUAAAUAUUUCUGUGGGAUAAGAAAA